AUGGCCGGCACGACAGAUUUGGUUUCAAUGCUACCCGAGGGUCAUACGGUCGGUAGUAUACGAUCGAAGCGUGCUUCCAUUUAUGUCUUCACCGGUGGCAAUGAAGAUGCCGCUUUGCUGACCGUCAAUGGCUUCUCGCUGCUAUUAGAUGGUGGUGAUCAACAACAGAUUCCAUAUUGGAAUCUUAUUCGAAAUUACGAUAAAGUUUCUGCAAUUCUGGCCACUCGCAUGAGUCCACAAAGCUUAACGGGACUAUCAACUAUUUUUGCGAGAAAACUUCAACAAGAGUGCUACCCAUAUUUUGGUGCAUUCAUUGGAAAUUUACCACCGAAAAAUGUGCUCUCGUCAGAGAACGAUGUGACACAAAUGAUCAAGAUGAUUUAUGACGGGUUGCAAGCUGCCGGAAUUAAGGCGAAUGAGGCCUUCACGAGCACUAAAAUUGAGCCAAUUACUCUUUAUGAGGUGAGAUAUUACAUACUUUACUUUCUUUACUGUUAUCACUGUGGUUUUUAA